GCCAUGUUUAUCAUGUUUUUUCGGCUGAUCCUUUUACAUAUCAAUUAUCGAUAAUUACCGGAUGAUAAGCAGUGAUUAGAAUUAUUAUUGAAUAUUUUUAAUACCACUGAAAUGGAGGAAUUUCUGAAAAAACUCCCGAAAGUGGAGUUGCAUGCACACCUUAACGGUUCCCUGGGAAUCGAAAGCCUUCGUGAUCUUGCCGAGCGCCUGUAUGGAUCCACCUCGGAGGAAUUCUCGCAGUUAUGCCAGCGGUUCAUUCAAUUUGAUAGGAACUCGGACUUGGAUGCGUGCUUCAAGAAGUUUAGUUUUGUCCAUGAGCUGACAUCCACAGUGGAGGGCCUACGCUAUGCCACGGAACUAGCAGUGCGGGACUUCGACAAGGACAACGUCCAGUAUGUGGAGAUAAGGACAACACCCAAGGCGAAUAGUAACUAUUCCCGGAGGGAUUAUUUGCAGACCGUAAUCGAUGCAAUCAGAACGGCAAGGGAAAAGUACCCACGGAUACUGGUUAAACUUUUGCCUUCAAUAAAUCGGGCGGAACCUUUGGCGGCGGCCGAAGAAACAGUGUCUUUAUCCAUAGAGUUUGCGCGAUCUCACCCAGAUCUGGUUCUAGGAAUCGAUUUCAGUGGUAAUCCUGGCAAGGGAAGGUUUGCAGACUUUGUCCCAAUCCUAUCGCGCGCCCGUGAUAUGGGUCUUAAAUUGGUUAUACAUUGUGCGGAAAUUGAAAACCCCCCAGAAGUCAAGGAGAUGCUGCAGUUUGGAAUGUCUCGGUGUGGCCACGGAACUUUCCUAGAUCCAAUCGAUAUUACAUAUUUAAAGGAAAGGAAUAUUGCCAUUGAAUGUUGUCUAACGAGCAAUCUGAAAUCCGGAACUGUUCCCGAUUUGAAGGAGCACCACCUCAAAAGACUUAUGAAAGCGGAUGCCCACAAGGUACUAUGCACUGAUGAUAGUGGAGUGUUCGACACGACACUCUCCAAAGAAUUUCUCCUGGCAUCGGAAGUCUUUGGACUGAGCAGGAACCAAUGCAUUUCCUUAACUUUGGAGGCAGUACAUCAUUCCCUUGCUAACGAUGAGGAGCGAAAUCAGAUGGCUGUAAAGGUGAAAGACUACGCGGCCAGCUUGGCAUAACAAUAUGCCAAAUUGUAAAAAAAACAAGAAAGGAAAGCUAACUUCGGGCGGAGCCGAAGUUGAUAUACCCUUGCAGUUCAGUCGCAGUCCGCUAGGUGGCGCCACGCAUCUUAUAUUAUUAGAUAUAUAGCGGAUCGUAUAUAGUCGGCCGAUCCUUAUGAAAUUUGGCAUAUCGAAUUAUUUUGCCAAAAGAGUAAUCUGUACCAAAUCCCAUCUUUCUAACUUAAAAAACACCAAAGUUAUGCCAAUUUCGAUCGUUCUAUGACAGCUAUAGGAUAUAGUCGGCCGAUCCUUAUGAAAUUUUGCACACAAGAUAUUUUGGUCAAAUAUAACAUGUGUGGAAAGUCCCAACCCUCUAACUUAAAAAACACCAAAGUUAUGGCAUUUCCGAUCAAUCAGUUAUAUGGCAGCUAUAGGAUAUAGUCGACCGAUCCCGGCCGUUCCGACUUAUAUACUGCCUGCAAAGGAAAGAAGGGUGUGUGCAAAGUUUCAACUCGAUAGCUUUAAAACUGAGAGACUAGUUUGCGUAGAAACGGACAGACGGACAGACGGACAGACGGACAGACGGACAGACGGACAUGCUCAUAUCGACUCAGGAGGUGAUCCUGAUCAAGAAUAUAUAUACUUUAUAGGGUCGGAGAUGUCUCCUUCACUGCGUUGCACACUUUUGACCAAAAUUAUAAUACCCUCUGCAAGGGUAUAAAAAGGUUGCAGUCAACUAACACCUCGCUAAUCGCUGCUAGCUCCAUGAAUAUGUUCAAUAUGACAUGCAUUUUUACAUGACUAAGAAGAUUUAUUAUACCUUUAGAAAAUAUGUAUCAAAUAGGAAAAAUGUAAAAUUUCCCGAUUGCAUAAUCAUAAGUAAAUAAUGACUCUGAAAUAAAUUAUUUCAUAUA